AUGUCCGACUACGAUAAAUAUGCCGAACAAUUGCGGCAUCCUGAUAAUCCCAUUGUAUUUAUGGAAAUGACGGCGGGUGGUGCCCCACUUGGCACGAUAGUGAUGGAAUUGUUUGCGGAUGUUACCCCUAGGACUGCCGAAAACUUCCGCCAAUUUUGCACUGGAGAAUUUCGUAAAGAUGGUGUACCUGUUGGGUAUAAGAAUAGCCAGUUCCAUCGAGUCAUCAAGGACUUUAUGAUUCAAGGAGGGGACUUUGUAAACGGUGACGGUACCGGAAUGAUGAGCAUAUAUGGAGCGAAGUUUCGAGACGAAAACUUUAUCCUUGAGCACAGUGGCCCGGGAAUCCUUUCCAUGGCUAACGCAGGAACUGAUACGAAUGGAUGUCAAUUCUUCAUUACAUGUGCGAAAACAGACUUUCUAGAUAAGAAGCAUGUUGUGUUUGGACGAGUACUCGAUGGGUUGCUGACUGUUCGCAAGAUUGAGAAUGUUCAAACGGGUGCUAACAACAAGCCAAAAAUCCCGAUUUUGGUUGCCCAGUGUGGACAGUUGUAG